UUUGUCUGUAAUUAGUUUGUCUUUGGAUCUGACUUUUCGCUUGUCACGGAACAUUUUGUGUUAGUAGGAAAUUUCAGUAAUUUUAAUUAAAUUAUCACCCUUAAUCCAAAAUGUGUCCUCCUAAUCUCUAUUAUCUAUCUGUGUUUCCUUUUUUCACACCUUCUUCGAUCACUACAAUUUAAGAAAUGUUUAUUUGUGGGACUUCUGUGAUUCAGUAGAUUCUUGUUGGUAUUUACGUAUUUCCUUAGCUACAAAGGUGAAUUCUUCACAAUGGACAAAGGCGUGACGUGUGAACACCUAAACAAACUUGUUGAUCAUCUCGGAAAAGAGCUAUGGCAGUCGAAAGAGAGCCUGGCCUGCUUCGACUGUGGGUGUCCAGGGCCAAACCUCUGGAUCUGCUUGCAACCUGAAUGCCUUCAUGUAGGUUGCUCGGAAGUUAAAAAUGACCACAGCACUAUACACCAAAAGAAUAUCGCAUCCCAUUGUGUUCACAUGAACGUGUCGACAGAGCGAAUAUGGUGUUAUUUGUGCGAAAAGGAGGUCCACUUCAGAGCGGCGCUUGCAUAUGCAAAUAUUGGUCCAGACACAUCAGUCGUCGAGGACAUGUCGGUGAGCACCCGACUGGGCUCAGUCGGCAUCAGCGUCAACUCGGACGAGGAUCUCGACCCAGACGACAUGGACUAUGAUGAUGAACAACGCCCUAGAGGACUAGUCGGACUACAGAACAUGGGCAACACGUGUUACAUGAACGCAGCGCUUCAAGCGCUGAGUAACACGCAACCGCUGACGUCAUACUUUCUUGAAUGCGCCGCCGCGGUCGCUGUACUGGCGGGGGACAAGAAACCAGGCCUUAGCCGAGCAUACCAAAAAUUAAUUAAAGAAAUGUGGAGUAGGAGGUCGAGAGGCUACGUUGUACCUAAUGGUAUCCUUUACGGAAUACGAAAUGUUCACCCGAUGUUCCGUGGUUACCACCAGCACGAUACGCAGGAGUUCCUUAGAUGUUUUAUGGACCAGCUUCAUGAAGAGCUCAAAGAACCGGUGUGGGACAGCACAUCUGAUGACAAGAUAGCUUCGGACGCUGAAGCGGAACAAAACACUCAGAAUAUUCAUAUAAGGCGAAGAGCUGCUUCAUCUGGAGCCAGUGACGCGCCAUACUUCGCACGUAUGCGACGCAAAUCGCCCGCACCGUCGUCUUACAGCGAAGCGAGGACCGACGGAUAUUUGAGGGUGCAAUCGCCGUCUGAAGGAGUGACGCGACACCGACGAUCAGCCAGUUUCGCUGGAACCCACUUCACGUACAACGUGGCCACGCAUCAGAUCAACGGUAAUAUGGAAACAUCGCAUCGGGACGUCGGCUCCGAAUCGGAAUUAUCAUGCUCGAGUGAGGCCGAGGAGAGAUAUGAAACGUGCUCCAGUGGUGCGAGCGAUGCGCCCGACCCGAGAACCGAGCAACCUAACACCACGUGGAGUGCGGGAGGUGCGGGCGGUAGCGGUAGCGGUGACGGCGGCGGCGGUGCGCGGUAUCGCAGUAUUAUAUCAGACGUGUUCGACGGAAAACUGCUCUCCUCAGUGCAGUGUCUCAUCUGUGAUAGGGUGUCAACACGAGUGGAGACAUUCCAGGACCUGUCACUGCCGAUCCCAUCAAGAGAGCAUCUGGCUAUGCUACGCUGCCAGCAGCCACUCCUCAAUCAUCACGCACCUCACGGCUCCCAGGAGUCCUGGAUUUGGUGGUUACUGAGCUGGUUGCGAUCCUGGUUCUACGGACCAAUCGUAUCCCUACAGGACUGCCUCGCCGCAUUCUUCAGCGCUGACGAACUCAAAGGAGACAAUAUGUACAGCUGUUCCCGAUGCAAUAAACUAAGAAACGGGAUAAAAAUGUCAGGCGUGAUCCGGCUGCCGGAAGUGCUGUGUGUACAUCUCAAGCGUUUCCGGCACGAGCUCAUGUCUAGUGCGAAGGUUGCAGCGAGAGUUUCCUUCCCCAUCGUUGAUUUAAAUAUGGCGCCGUACACACAUAAAGAAUGCUCGUCAAAAAUCACCCGCUACUCGCUUUGCGCUGUGAUCUGCCACGCGGGCACUGCGGGCGGGGGUCACUAUACGUGCAUGGCGAAAGCGCCCGAUGGGCGUUGGUUCGCUUACGACGACGCCGCCGUUACCCCCCUGCCUCCCCACCACCUGGCUACGUGUGAGGCCUACGUGCUGUUCUACAGAAAAGUAAAUCCUCAGAUGACAAUACUGCGGCAGAAAGCGGCGGAAAUUUUAGAAUCUGCUAGUUCGGAGCCCAACGAUAUCAAAUUCUACAUCUCCAAACUGUGGAUCAAUAAAUUCAAUACAUGGGCGGAGCCUGGUCCCAUAGACAACAGCGACUUUGUAUGCGUACACGGGGCCGUACGGCCUGAACGCGUCCCACACUUGCCAGCGCUUGCCACGCGUCUCCCACAACCGCUAUGGGACUUUUUAUAUCAUCAUUUCGGCGGUGGGCCGGCGGUGUCGCACGCACACGAGUGCGAGGUGUGCAUGCGUGCGGCGCAACGACUGCGAGCGCGGAGGUCCAGAGAAUUAGCUGCCUUCGCGGACUUACACGCUUUGUUCCAGGAGCAAGAGCGGCCUCUCGCGGUGUACGCAAUCAGCAUGGCGUGGUUCCGUCAGUGGCAGGCCUUCGUGCGGAACAAGGCGCGCCGGCCCCCACCGCCCGUCGACAACCGUGCCAUAGUCAUCGAACAGGAAAUCGACGGUAAAACAACUUAUCUGUUAAAACCUGGUUCCGAUCACGCCCAACUGAGUGAAGAGCUGUGGAGGUUCUUCACAGACAUCUACGGUGGAGGUCCAGAAGUGCGGCUGAAGUCACCGGCACUGCCAGUUCUCACUCAACCCGCCUUCACUAAUACUAGACUCUCGGGGAAAUACUCUGAGUCAGAUAGAGAAGACUAUUGCACCAAGUCAACGUCAGAGAUGAACAUUCGAGACACAAUACCGGGAUCACUACAGAAAAACCAGUCCCUACAGAAUAUUGACCGAAGAUUCAGAACGACCAAAGCUGACUCUGAUGAGGAAAUAACGUACAGACACUUCCAAUAUAAACGGCAUGAGCCAAAUGGAAACUAUGACUCCGAUGAAGACAUGGACAUCAGCCCCACGCAGAGUUACACCAAUACAGUGCGAAUGGAGAAUGGUAUUGACAGCUCAGAUCAUGAUGCCAACGACAAUCAUGUGUACGUCAAAGAGAAAAUUGUGCACACCGACACUGAAUUACCAAAUUUAGAUAGAAUAUCCCUCAAAAAUAAGCCCUCGAAAGUGGGUAAAGUGAGAAAAAUUAAAAGACGGACAGUAAAAUGAUUCUUUCUCGCCUUCCAGUUCGUUCACAGGCUGGUACAGAGGCCUACGGGGGCCGGGGGCCCGCGCGAACAUUCCUUAACCGGUGACUGGUGUUAAUAAAAUGCAUUUAACGGGUUCUCGCUAACCUAAAAACAUUGGUGUUCUUAUCUUGUAUGAAAAAUUUUAUUAUUUUUCUAUAGAUAUUAGAAGUUGGGCCCCAUUCGCAUUUCGUCGUUUCCCUGCCGUACUGUGCGGUUUGAAACUAAAGACGGGUAGAUGUAAUCGCCGCAGAAGCACCGACCACGUAACACUGAACCCAACAGUACAGUGAACACAGUAUGACGUCACACUAAACUCAGCAUGAAUCUUUUUUUUCCGUUAUUUAUCAGUAACUCAGAAUAACAGUCCACUGUUGUACUAAAGAUCUCUUCAAACAGGAUGUUUUAUUUUUAUUUAUUUAUUUAUAAAAAUAUAUUUAUAAAUAGUUU